GCCUCGGGAAGACCUCCUUUGCUAAGUGUCUUAGCAUAAUCCUGAUGCAUCAGUCCGGUGAAGUCCGAGCAGCAGUCACCACCUGCAGCCCGGUCCCGGGUUAGAGAUGGAGCGUUACAGCUGAACAGAUCCAGUCAUGACCACAACGAUGAGAUACAGUGCGGGUGUCGGCGCGUUUUGGUUGAUUUACGCUGGCCUUCUCUGUGAGGAGGAUGUUGGUGUGUGUGAGCAGCAGCCCUGCCAAAAUGGUGGCGUCUGCCAGCGACAAAGCAGUGGCUUCAGAUGCCUUUGCUCCCAGAGCAGCCAAACCGGCCGGCUGUACGGCGGCGAGACCUGCGCAGACGCGCUCUCCGGCUGCGACGACCACCGCUGCGAGAAUGGAGGAAUAUGCUGGCCCCUGCUGGUCCAGGACCAGCACACAUACUGGUGUGGCUGCCUGGCGGGCUUCUCCGGGACCCGCUGCCAGACCCCUACCGCCUUCUCCUUCCAGGGGAGUGGAGGCUUCCUGCGAGUAGAGACCCCGGUCCGAGGGGCCCCACUGCGGCUGGCCUUCAGCUUCAGGACACGGGGACUCGCCGGCACCCUCCUGCAGCGCAGAGUGGACCACCUGCUGCUCACCGUGGAGCUGCUCAGUGGCCAGCUGCGCAUCAGCGGCCGCAGAGGUCAAGGGUUAAACACCACGCUGGUCCAGGAGCUCCAGGGGAACGUUUCAGAUGGUGAGUGGCACGCGGUGGAGGCCUCUCUGAGCGCAGGGGGCAGCUGGAUCCGACUGCUCUGUGCAGGGGGUUGUUGUGAUGGUGAGGGUGGUUUUGAUGAGAGUGGUGGUGGUGGUGGUGGAGGUGGUGGUGCUGGUGGUGUUGGUGGUGGUGGUGAUGGUGUUGCUGGUGGUAGUGAGGAUGGUGAUGCUGUAGGUGGUGGUGUCGUUGGAGGUUGUGAUGGUGGUGGUGGUGGUGGUGAUAUUCUAAGUGGUGAUUGUGGGGACGUAGUUGGAGGUGGUGGUGAUGGAGGUGGUUUGGAUGGGGGUGGGAGUGGUGGUGGGGGAGCUGCAGACCACCGGCUGCGGGGGCAAGGCCCUGGUUUGCCUGGUGGUCUUGGCCCAGCGUGCCAGAUCCUCUUCUUGGGGGCCCCGGGUCUGACCCCGGGCGUUGGGGAGGAGGCCCAGGCAGCGUUCCGGGGCUGCUUCCGGGACGUGGUGGUGGACUCCGAGCUGGUGCUGCCCAGGGGUCCGGGGCCGGAGGCUGAAGUGACCCAGGUGAACGUCACCAUGGGAUGCAGUGAUGAGGACCUGUGUGGGGGGGCCCCAUGCGGGGGCCGGGGCCGCUGUGUGGCCGAGGGGUGGAGGGACUACAGGUGUGUGUGCCACAGACCCUACCAGGGGGCGGACUGCCAAAGGGAGUACGUCCCGGCCCGGUUUGGAGCGGGCUCCCUGGAGAGUUACAGUGUGUUCUCUCUGGUGGACCCCCCCUCCACCCUGGCAUCAGACCAGCAGCCCCCCACCCUGGUCGUGUCCAUGUUUGUGCACACCGAGCUCCCCAGCGGCCUGCUGCUGGUCCUGGCCAACAGCAGCAGCCAGUACCUCCGGGUGUGGCUGGAGGAGGGCAGGGUCAAAGUUCAACUAAACGACCAUGAGAGUGUGAGGGGCGAGGCCGCUUCCGCAGACGGCCGCUUCCGCCUGCUGACCGUCGAAGUCUGGGACCACGUGGCCGUCCUGACCCAGGAAGGCCACACCCAGGCCUCCGUCAGCAUCCGGUCGGUCCAACCUCGCCCUGGGGACAAGGUGUUUAUCGGGGGCCUACCGGACCCCCGGGCCGCGGCCGUGUUUGGGGGCUACUUCAGGGGCUGCGUCCAGGACCUGAGGAUCAACGGCCGGCCGCUCCAGGUGUUUCCCCUCCCUGGCUCGGUGCCUGCUGAGUCCCACCGCCUGGAGCAGAGCGUCCACGUGAUCCCAGGCUGUGGCAGCGACUGCGCCGGGGCGCCGUGUCUGAACGGGGGGGUGUGUGACCCCCGGGGGGAGGACUGCAGCUGCCCGCCCGGCGCGGCAGGGAGGCGCUGUGAAGAGGUGAGAUGGUGUGAGUUGUCCCCCUGCCCCUCCUCGGCCGUCUGCGCGUCGCUCCCACACGGCUUCCAGUGCCUGUCCAACGUGACGCUACGAGCUGGAGCUUUCGGUGGCAAUGUUCUCUGUUACCGUGGCAACGGGCACAUCACGCGGCCCUUGACAAGCCUGCUCCUCCGCCUGCGCACAAGACAGACGGACGCCACCGUGCUCCAGGCACGCCGGGGCUCCACCCCCCUACUCACCGUCUCCCUGCGGGGCUCGCACCUCGCCAUGGAGCUGCGGGCAGACGGGGAGGUCGCCGCCGUGUCCGUGCAGAGCGGCGGCCCUGUGGCAGACGGCCGCUGGCACACUGUGGAGCUCCGCAUGGAGACGCCUGCCGCCGAGAGGUCGCGGUGGGUGGUGGAGGACGAUGGACGGAGGGCAGAGGCGCGGCUGUCAGAUGCCGUGGGGGGCAGUUUGGACUUCCUGCGGGAAGGAGUGGACAUCCUGCUGGGCGCUGGAAACUCUGGGGAAGGGCUGGACGGGUGCCUAGGCCCCCUGGAGAUCGGGGGGAUCCCCCUGCCCUUCCACAGAGAUGAGGAGCUGAGUCUACCCCGACCCCAGAAGGAGCAGUUCCUGCUGUGGAAGGUGGAGGCGGACACGUGCUGGGACCACCGCUGCGGCCCCGGGGCCACCUGCCUCAGGGGGGUAGAGGGCUAUGGCUGCCUGUGCCCCCGCAACAUGACCGGGCCGUACUGCUCGGAGAAACUCCCUGUGAUCCCGUGGUACGUGGAGAUAAAACCACGUCCUGAGCUGCCGGUGGUUGAGUGCAAGGGGCGCGGGUGGAACUACAGCUGUUUCCACGGGGGCUCGUGUUCAGGAGGGGCCCUGAUCUGUCACUGUGCUGCUGGCUUCACAGGACACUGGUGUGAGACGGAUGUGGACGAGUGUGCGUCGGACCCCUGCAUGCACGGGGGGCUGUGCCUGGACCAGCAGGCCGGCUGGGAGUGUGUGUGCGAUCAGAACUACUGGGGCCUCCACUGCCAGAUGGAUGCCAGUGACUUCCACCUCUACCUCUUCCUUGCUCUGUGGCAGAACUUCCUGCAGCUCUUGUCUUACCAAAUGUGGCACCUGGAUGAAGUCCCAGAGAUAGAGUGGGCCAACCAAGUUGAGGAUUAGGGUGCCCCCUUCCCCCUUUGACAGUGCACAAUCCAAGCGGAUUUAUGAUCAAAGUCUGCAUACAUUAAGGACUUUUCGAAAACAAGGUUCCAAGCAUAAGUUCAGCAAUAACUUAAAUAAUGGAUGGGCUAAUGGACCAGCAUAGAUACAUACAACUAGACCGACAGCCGUCAUGGGUCGGGUGAGGGUUCCUACGGCGCCGGGGUAGCCCACAGAGGUCAUAGGUUACCUGCACUUUCCACAAAUGUAUCUUCUAUACAAAUAUACCUCCUUCGUAAUUCUUGCUCACGUAUUAAUUAAUUGUUUGGCAUACUUAAGACUGAUGUAGGACACAUCUUCUUUACGUUCUAAAGAACACCAGAGGUCACUAUAUCGGAGGAUCACCUAAAGUGGCUCUUCCAUGCAGACGUAUCAUGUAUAGACAAAGGUCAAUAAUGGUCAGGUGGCAGCAUCAGGUUACUAACACACUUGGAAACCACUAUGGACCUUUUUGAUAGAUAAUGUCACUAUUUCGGUAGCACAUAAACACUUUUGAUUCCCAAAUCCAGAUUUCUUUGGACAGGACUUACAGAAGCAACAAGCCGCGUCUCAAAGCACAAUCGAAGCGGGAAGAUGAUUUUUUAGAAACAAUGGAAGAAUCUUCUAUACUAUUGUAGUGAAAUGGUCACACUGUGUGGAAUAAAGAGUCAUCCGAACUUAUAAUAACUAGGGUCAUAUAUUUGGGUAAUAACGCUACAAUAACAUACAAUCAUCCAACAACCAUCAUAUAACAAAUCAUAUAAACAGCAAUACAAUGAUCUGAGGCCUAAAUGAGAGUUCCCCCUGCGUCUCUCCAAGAGCUCCGCAAGGAGGAGUCCCCAAAUGGGAAAUCACCCUGCAUCCCUCCAAGAGGUCGGCUAGCUGAUGUCGGAUGAAUUUGCCCUUAAUUGCCCCCUGGGGAUAAAUAAAGUUUCCUUGAACCUAAA